UGUCCGCACGAUAUAUUUAAUUUAAUAACAGUUCAGCUUGUUUUCAAGCGUAUAAAACGCGCACUCGAUGCCAAGAUGAACAACAGUCAUUCGGCAGCCUUGUCCCAGUGCAUAACUCUUCUAGGAAUUGUAUUUGUCUAACAACGUAGGACUUUAAGACUUCAAAUCCUUAAAAUGCCCUCCAUUACGGCCAUCGUUCUGAUUGCUUCCCUGGCACUGUGCGCCGCUGAUGUCUCCCAUUUGUCCCUCUCGCGGAACUAUUUGCCCCCGCUGAGCGGCGCUGGCGGCUACUCAACGUACUCCUCGUAUCCCUCGUAUCCCACGCAUUCCACGUAUCCCUCGUAUACGGGCAGCGCCUACUCCAGCGUCGGCUACUACUCGGGCUCCGGCCUCGGCUCCAGCUACAGUGCCCCGCUGGUCAACUCCGGCUACAACAGCUAUGCCUCGGUGCCGCAGUACAACAGCUAUGCCACGCCCUCGCGCGCCUAUCUGCCAGCUCUGACCAGCUACGCCGGCACGGGCUACAGCGGCCUGGACACCAAAUAUGGCUCCAACGGGGGUUACAUCUAUUAGGAGGACCAGUUGGCAUGUGCCUGGAACAAGAUCCACUAAAACAACUGCUCACAAAACAGACAAUACUUUUUUUUUUUUUGCAAUAUCUAUA